GAUAAUAAAAAAAAGUACCAAAAAAAUUGUGCUUUCUGUUGGCUUUUAGGUCGUGAAUCGACAUCGUCAACGAUGGGAUUAGGAUUAAUAAUCGGGGUCUUUGGAGUCCUGUUCCUCUUCCACGCGGCUUAUUCCACGAUUCAGUAUAGGGGGCUGUUGAAGAUUAUGGAUGAGGAGUUUUCUGUUCCUUCCAUGAAUGUUGUUUUAGAGUUGCUUCUAGGGUUUGUUUUCUGUGUUUCGGCUGCCCUAACCGUGCCCGGGGAUUUUCUCUCCAUACAUCCUGAUUCUGAGGAGAAUAGGAUUGUUUCUUUACCAUCAAACUUGGACUUCAUGAUCUUCAACCACAGAGCCAAAGCGCUACCUUUUGAUGUUGACAUGAAGCUGCAUUAAGAUUGAAGAAGCUUCAGGGUGCUUCUAUUAAGGAGAUAACCAUUUUUUGCAAGUGUAUUGAACUUUAGAGUAGAGAACCUAUGUAUCAGGUCAUUGUUGGUUGUUUUCCGAAGUGGGUGUUUUUAACCAUUCACCACCAGCUAAAAUUUGGAUUUUGGCUCU